AUGAGCUCUCUAGAACGUGAUAACCCUCCACCCCGUCGCAAAUCGUGCGAGGCAUGUAGAGCAGCCAAGCGCCGCUGCGAUCUGGCCCUGCCGACCUGUUUCCGAUGCUCGCAGCGGGGCCUCGCCUGCGCCUAUCCGGGCCUGCCACCCGACCAGAUUCCCGGGCUGCUGGGGCUGCUGAACGAACCUGAGAGGCCGAAGCAGUUUAUCUUUGAUGCUCCGGUGUUUGAUCUGCCUGCGGUGGACGCGGUUCAACCCUCGCCGCUACAAUACCAGCCCCAGGGCACUGCUGCGGUUGUCUAUCUCAACGACCAGCAAGAAAUGACGCAUGUCCGGACGAGCAAUCCCGUUCUUUGGUCUGCUUUGAUGUCCUCGCGCUUUGAAUACCCCGUGGAUACGCUCAAGGAUGUACCGCGGAUGAUGGUCAUGGAGAACCAGACCCCCUGGUCUCAUCCGGAGUUAUACAGCGACGGAAUGCCAAAAGUCAUGCAGGAUGCCUACGCCUGCUGUGCUCUCUAUAUCACGAAGAACCGCAUCAACGGCCCCAUGAUAACCUCGCACAUCCACUCUCGACACCAAGAACUGGCCCUCUCCCCGUUACCCACAACACCAACAGAGCUACUCGCACAUUCCCACGCCCUCAUCCUCUACCAGAUCAUGCACCUCUUCGACGCAGACCUUAACGCUGCCGGCACCGCCGCCUCCACCUCCAUCCUCUCCAUGUCUGCCCUCGAAUCCACCACCUCCCUCCUCUUCAACAGCACCCACUUCCCACACACCCAGCAACCACCCUUAACCCUCCCCCCAACGACAAUGAACUUCUGGAAACUCUGGAUCCUCGAAGAAUCCGCCCGCCGCACCAUAAUCGUCGCCCUCUUCCUCAUCCAAGUCCUACGCAUCUUCCGCGGCGACACCGACAUCCGCUGCGACGGCAAACUCGGCGUGCUGCACUCGUGGUAUUUCUCUGCGCAUCUAUGGACCGCAUGCACGGCUUAUGACUUUGCCGCUGCAUGGACUGAGAAGGGGCAUUUCAUCGUGCAUAAUGCGAACUUUGAUCAGGUGUUGGAGGAGGCGCAGCCGGAGGACGUGGAUGAUCUAGGGAAGAUGUUGCUUGUUACGAGUCGGGGAGUUGAUGUUAUCCGGGAUUGGUUUUUUAGGAGGGGGGCUAUUUUGUAG